UGCUCUUUUAACACAAUUAAUAAUGCGGUCCAUUUUGAUAGGGACGAUUUUACUGUCAAUAGCAGCUGCUUAUUAUAUUUAUCUGCCUCUGCCCAGCACUAUAUCAGAGCCAUGGAAACUCAUGUUUAUGGAUGCUAUGAUACGUGGGACGUUCCAUUUGAGUUUUGUAGCUCAUGACCUUGGACUAAGUUCCCCGUUCGGUGUUGUAAAGUACCUUUCGUCUUGGGAGGAUGUUAAAAGUAACAAGUCCAGACCGACCGUCCGGAUCACAGAGGCUUCCUUUGGAGGAGUGGAAGCGCUAGUAUUCGAGUCCACUGCUGAAGGGCAGGAGCAGCGUUUAAAAAGAGGCGUGGUCUAUUUCCAUGGAGGCGGAUGGACACUCUGUAGCACAAAGAUGAAACCAUAUUUCCCUCAGUGCAUGGCGAUGGCUGAAGAGCUGGAUGCAGUCGUAAUAUCUGUUGAGUACAGACUGGCUCCAGAUGGACGUUUCCCAGAUCAGUAUAAUGAUGUUUUUCAGGCCUCAAAACACAUCCUGACAGCUGAGGUGUUGGGCCGGUACUCUAUAGACUUGAAAAGAGUGGCUGUGUCAGGUGACAGCGCGGGGGGAAACCUUGCCGCUGCUGUGGCGCAACAGAUGGCUUUGGACCGUAGCGUUCCUAUUAAAUUUAAAGUUCAGGCCCUUGUCUACCCUGCACUUCAAGCCCUGGACUUCAACACACCUUCAUACCAGCAGAACGCCCACAUUCCCAUCCUGCACCGUCCCACCAUGGCCCGCUUUUGGCUGGAGUAUCUAAACGGAGAUCAGAAACUUGUUUCUGCUUUGCUGGCAAACAACCACACGGCUCUGGAUCAGGGCCAGGAGAUGGCAGCGGCCAGAGCCAAGAUCAACUGGACCAAGCUUCUUCCAGUGGCCUUUCAGAAGAACUAUAAACCCGUGGUUCCCCUUCACGGAGACCCAGAGCUGCUGGAGGAGCUUCCAGGCCUGCUGGAUGUGAGAGCCGCACCUUUACUUGCUGAAAAUGAAGUGCUGAAGGGCCUGCCGCCCGCCUACAUCAUGACCUGUGAGCACGACGUGCUGAGAGACGACGGACUCAUGUACGCCACACGACUAAAAGAAGCCGGAGUCCGUGUCACCGUUGAUCACUAUGAAGAUGGGUUCCAUGGAUGCCUUAGUUUCGCGAUCGGGCCCUUUCCAUUCUCCGUUGGAACACGAAGUCUUAGGAACUACAUACAUUGGCUCAAGGAGAACCUUUAAAGAAACUUACCACAGAGAGAACAUUUCGGGAAAAUUAUGUUAAAUAUAUUUUGAUUUUAGAUUAGAUUUUUUUAAUUUAGCAUGCAGUGCAAUAUGAAAAUGCUACAAAGAUUGUAUCUGUAUUGGUAUAUGAAAAGUGUUACAUACAAAUUUACAUACAGGGAAUUUAUAGUAAAAUUUAAUUUAAUGUCCAAAUGAUUUAUGCAACGUAAAGUUUGGGUACUUAGACUUGACUUGGACUCGGACUGCAAUUAGGAAUGAACUCGGACACACUCAGAUGGACUUGUACUCAAACUUGACACUGACUUGAACUUUAAGUAACAAUAUAAAAUUAAGAUGACAAGACAUUAUUAAAUCUCCCACUUAAACUAGGUUUACUUGUACUUGACUCGUAAUCGACAAGGUGGACUCAGACCCAACACUAAUGCAAUGCUACUAAACGGGUAAAAAUCAUAAAUUGAACACUGAAGCUUAUAUUAUAGUUAAUUUGCAUAAAGAUAAAUACUUUAAAUGUACUAUAUACAGUAUAUACCAAAUAAAUAAUAUAAUUUUGGUUUGAAAUUUUGACAAUUAACCUUUGGACUGAAACUAGUUUUGCAUAUACAUAAACACUUAAAUUAAAUGGGAUUGUGUAUAAUAGUAUAAGUAAAAAAGUUGUCAAGGGGAAAAGUAGUAUUUUCACUUAUCAAAAACAAAAUAAUAAUAUGUCAUUUUUGUCUUGACAGAGCUUUCAGGGACAGACAUAAUUUUAGAUGUUCAUAAAAAAAUGUGAAUGCCAUAAAAUCUUUUCUCAAAGCAUAUCAACAUGUUUACAUAUAACGUACGUCUGUUAAAAUACAACACCACUGGGAACAUGUUUCUUACUCUUCCUGGGAAUUGCAACUUCUCUGGCAGUUUCUUUGCUGCUGGCAGUCAGCAGUUUUGACAAAAGGGAAUUUCCUAAAAAACGGCGGUGUGGUGGUUUAAUGAAACACGAGCUGGAAGGGAGUAUUUAAGGGAAGAUAUCCGUCAGUGUUAGCUCAUGGGAAACGCCGGGAGGUUCAGAUAAGCACGGAGGAAUGCGGCUCUCACUGUUUUUCUCACCUGUGAGACCUUUAACUAUUAUUGCACCUUUGGUUCUUUCCUCUAAUUGAGAGUUUGGCGACACUAAUCGAUUUCUGUUGAUGUUUUACAGACACUACCAUUAUUCUCAGGGCAAAAUGCACAAAAUAAGGAUCUGAAAACUACUUUUUACAUGGUUGAUCUUUGUUAUACACCUAUAUUUAUCUCCUACAUUACUGCCAUUGUUGUUUUGUAACCAUUCUGCCUGCCAGUUUAGAAACUGAUACUACUAUCUUCUCUCAAGUAUGAGUAUGUGAGUCACUGUUGUAAUCAUGUUUCUUUUGAAGCUGUGUAUAAAUAUUGUUUAGGCUACACAUAAACCAAUGACGAUGACUUGCUUUUUGACUUGUACACAAAAGAGGCCACUAUUCUCCAGCACUGGCCGUUGGAAAAAAACAAAACAAAUGAAAACACAAUCUGUAAUAGCAGCAAAUUAAAUGGAGAACAAAUGAAGUGUCUCAAAUAAAAGAACUAUGCAAUUUCA